AUGGCAUACAAAGUUGCUUUACAAGCAGUGUUCGCUGUUUUAACGGCAGCGGCAACUAUAGAUAAAAGAAUCACUGGCGGCGAGCUGGCGAAUGCCAGUGAAUUUCCAUACAUUGUUAAAGUUGGACCUGAUUGCGGAGGAUCUCUACUGGAUAGUACUACUGUUCUUACUGCUGGUCAUUGCUCGAGGUCCCUCAAGGAUGACAGGAAUAUUAGCUAUGCGAAGCUGCCGACGAAGGGCUUAGAACCUAAGGCCAAUUCAAUUGGAAUCGCAGCAGGCUGUUGUCCGCCUGAGUGGAGGCGGAUACCAGUUGAAAACGAAUUUUGCGCUGGUGGAAAUGGAAAGGGCGCUUGCUCUGGCGAUAGCGGCGGUCCCUUUGUCGAGAAAGAGACUGGAGUAUUGAUUGGUAUUUCCAACACGGCUUCCUGUGGUGAUUAUACCUCUUUCACCAAAGUCGCUGGGCAUAUCUCGUUUAUUGAGGAGCAUAUGACGCCGGGCCCGGACUUCGUUUUCCCGCAGUCAGAUGAUGAUGAUCGGUGCGAUGGUGGAAAAUUAAUUCCAGGACCUCUCGGACAAGGAGAGAAAUGCGUUUCAGCGUCUGGAGGGCUUUAUGAACCAAUGAAGGCGGUCUAG